UCAUGCGCGCUGCCCUGAGUCUGGCCCCUUGCCUCCGGAAAGUCUACGUUGAAGGAGAAGCAGAGUUGGUGGAAGACGUUGCGUCCAUGCUGUCCGCCACUGCUUGCGUCAUAGCUGGGCUGAAGCUGUCGAUUUCCGGAUCGUCGGGCGCGGCCUUGUCCAGAACCAUACUGCAGGCGGUGCACUCGCUCGGUGGUCUGAAAGUGGUUGAUUUUGAGACCUCUUCGGCCUUGGAUACCACGGAUUCUGAACUCCUACACCUGGUCUACAGCCUUCAGGGUUUGCGUGAACUCAAGAUUUUCAUCAAACACGAUGAAACGCCGCAGCAGGUUCUAUUAUCGAGACAGGAGCCGUCUCUAACGACGUUUUGGUAUUACACAUAUACAGUGUACUCGGAACCGUGGCUUCAUUUGUUCCUGGAGACGCAUGCUGCGACAUUGGAAGAGGUGGAUUUGACAGAACACUACGAUGACGGCGAGGUCUACUUGACCUUGAGAACGUUGCCAAAGCUACGUUCCGUAAACUGCCCUCCGGUUCCUGCGGCUCUGGACUUCAUUCGUCAGUCGUUGCAGCUCAGAUCCGUGUCGUUCACACCAGAUAUAGUAGAAAUCUUUGACUCUCCUACUGCUGCCGCACUCCAGGCCCUAUACUAA